AUGAAGAACAAGCAGCCGCAACAGCCGGCCCCAAAGAAGCAGAAGAAGCCGCAACAGCAGCAGCAACAGCAACAGCAGCAACAACCGCAACCAGAACAUCCGCAGCUGUGGCAACGUUCAUCACCACCACGCUACAAUCAGCAACCGUAUCAAGAACCGCAGCAGAAAAAGAGCCUGAGCGAUAUCAUGCUGAGCUCGUACUACAUCUACAUGUCGGCCGGUACGCAGCUGCAGAUGGCACCGCAGACAACAAUAGUACAACAAGUUGGCCAAGUCGAUCAAACCGCGUCGCACCAUCACCACUCAUCGCAUCAUCUGCAGCAGCAGCAGCAGCAGCAGCAACAGCAGCAGCAGCAGCAACAAACGCAUCAUCAUCCGCAGCACUUCAGCAGCAACAAUCAACCGCAUCAUCAACAGCAGGUGGCGACGGUGCUGACCACGCACCAGCAGCAAACGUCACCCGCUGCUACAACGGCAGCCAUUGCUGCUGCUCUCGGCGGUGGUGUGGGUGUUGGUGGCAGCGGCACGAGUGGUGGUGGUAGCGGCGGCAACAGCAGCAGCAACAACAACAACAACACCGGCACCGUCAGCAGCAACUGCAUCUCGUUGCCGGUUUCGGCGCAAUCGACGACGACCACGACAACAACGACGGCGGCAGCGAAUGCCGGACAUCCCACGGUUCAUGGUGGCAGCCUCCAGCAGCAACAGCAACAACAGCAGCAGCAGCAGCAGCAACAACACCAUCCCCAUCAUACGCACCUCCACCAUAACAACAACAAGGAUCAGGACUCGAACAUGAGCACCGGUUCGUCGCACAGUGAUAAGGAGGCGGAUACGAUCGUGAGCAGCGCGAUGGCGUCGGCGGUGGCCGCGGCGCUGGCGGUUGCGGUGGCCCCCACCCCCGAGAAGGUCCCCCGGGCGGCGUCCGAGCGCAAACGGAAGCGGAAAGCUCCGGACGACAACGGCGGUCCAGGAGGUGGCGGUGGCGGGGGAAUGGGGUGCGGUGGGGCGGGCAGUGGCGCCGGGGGUCAUUUUCGUGAUAGUAGAGAUAAUAUUAAGGGCCUGCGGCUGUCGAUGCCGUCGCUCAGUGAUACUAAGAAAAUUAAUGAAUAUUUUUCUAAACACACGGUGAUGGCGGCGGCGGCGGCGGCUGCUUCGUCGCUCCGCGUGCCCUCGCACCAUGGCGGUGGCACCACCGUUAGCAGUAGUAGUAGUAGCGCGUUAGCCGGUGGUAUAGUGUCCCCGACCACCACCACCACCAUCCCGUCGGCCGGAAGUGGCGGCAACAAUGGGGCCGCAUCCGGUGCCACCGGUGUUGGAGCGUUAGGAGCAAUAACGAGUAGCCCGCACGUGGAUCCGGGUGGUGGUGGUGGCACCGGGACCGUAACCGUGACGACGGGUCCCAACCGGAAGAGCCCCAACCCGCAGCAGCAGUCACCCCACCCGACCGGCCAGUACCCGAUGUUUCCUCCUAGUCCGCAAACGCCCCAUCUUCCGGUGGCCGCCACGAGUGCUGCGAAUCUUGGCAGCAAUGGCAGCAGUACCGAGCUGUUCGCCACCGGUGGAAGCGGUCGGGGUCAGCGGCAGCAGGUGGUGGUGGGUGGUGGGGCGGUGGCAGGGGCGGCGGCCUCCGUUGCAGCACCAUUGCCGCCGGGGUCGCCCAGCAACGCUUCCGUACUAGUUCCUCCGGCCGUUUCGGCGGCUGCUGCAGCGGCGGCGGCGAUAGCGGCAGCGGCGGCGGCUGCGGCCACAUCGUCACCCUCCGCCACCACUGUGCUGUCACCUAUCACCACACCCAUCGUCAGCUCGUCGCCGGCCACGACGACGACGAUAUCGGGCGUGUCGAUGCAGCAACAGCAGCACCAGCAGCAACAGCAACAGCAGCAGCAACAACAGUAUCACCCUAUCGUAGUAGUGGCCAAUUGCAGCACGUCGUCAAGCGUGCACCAGAAGCAAACGGGCGCGAUCACCUCGGCUAGCAGUCAGCAGAAGCAACAGCAACAACAGUCGAUCAACCAUCAAAAUCAAGCAAACCAGCAGCAGCAGCAGCAGCAACAGCAGCAACCUUCGCCAGCUGGAGUCACUCAGCAGCAACAGCAACGAGAUUCACAAUCCCAGACGGCGUUAGCGUCGCAGCAAACGGGAGGACAAGCUGCGCAAAACUCUACGCUUGUUGCGGCCAGCAAUAUUCAGCAACAGCAACAACAGCAGGGUAAUGGAGCCACCCCGACGACAGCCACCUCGGCUGGAAGCAACUGCAACUCUGGCACCGUGAGCGAUCAUCAUCACCAGCGCGUGACGCUGGUAUCGUGCAGCAACACGAGCAGCAACAGCAGCAGUAAUGGUGGAGCUGCUGGAGGACCUUUACCGGUUGCGAACUCCCCAACUGGUGAGCUACCAAGCGGUGUUGGGGGCAACAACGCACCCCACACAACGUCGGUGGCAACCUCGACGACAAGCAGCAGUAGCAGCAGCAACAACAACAACAACAACAAUUCCAUUCUACAACUUCCUGGUGGUGCCGUCGUGACGACGACACCCGCCAAAUCGAUUGCGCAGAAGUUGCAGAUGCAGCAAAGCUCCACACCAUCGUCGACGGCGGCUGGUGGUGGUGGGGGUGUGCAGAGUGAAACCGGAGGUAGCAGCAACAAUGGCGGCACCUUCGGCAGCAGCAAGUUCGGGCAGCAACCGCAACAGCAACCGCAAUCGGGCGUCUCCUCGACGGCGACCCUCAUGCUGACGAAGUUUGUGCAGACUGACCUAACGCAGGCGGACAUUACCGAGCGGGAUCACGACUUCGAGACCAGCCGGACGCGGGUGGACGAGCUGUCGCGGUUGUCGGAUGAACAGAAGUGUCAGCUGAGCGUGCACCAGAAGGCGAUCGAGCAGCACAAAAGCCAGAUCAGCAAGUGCGUUGAGGUGGUGAAGAAGCUGCUGAAGCAGAAGAGCAACAUCGAGAAGAAGGAGGCGCGGCAGAAGUGCAUGCAGAAUAGGUUGCGGCUUGGGCAGUUUGUGACGCAGCGUGUCGGUGCCACCUUCCAGGAGAACUGGACCGAUGGUUACGCCUUUCAGGAGCUUGCAAAACGCCAGGAGGAGAUCACUGCCGAGCGGGAAGAGAUCGAUCGUCAGAAGAAGUUGCUGAUGAAGAAGCGACCCACGAACAGCGAGGGAGGCCGAAAGCGCAACAACUCGUCAGCGACGGGUGGCGGUGCAAGUGGCACCGGUGGUACGGUUGACCGCGGUGGCAGUGGCCCGGGCGGAACGGGAAGUGGUGCCGGUGGUGCCGGUUCCCUCGGUGGCGGUGGUGUUGUCGGCAGCAACACCGGCAACGUUGGCAGUGGUGGAACCGGCUCGGCCCUGCACAACGGCAACGACAGCACGUUCCUGAAGCCGGACCCGGUGGUGAACAGCAAUACCACGUUCACGCUGCAGGAGUACUACGAGUGUGAUGAGAUUCUGAAGCUGCGCCAGAAUGCGCUCAAAAAGGAGGACGCCGAUCUGCAGCUCGAGAUGGAGAAGCUCGAACGGGAGCGCAAUCUGCACAUCCGCGAGCUGAAACGGAUACACAACGAGGAUCAGUCGCGCUUUAACAAUCAUCCGGUGCUGAACGAUCGAUACCUGCUACUCAUGCUGCUCGGUAAGGGUGGCUUUUCCGAAGUGCACAAGGCGUUCGACCUGAAGGAGCAACGCUAUGUGGCUUGCAAAGUGCACCAGCUAAACAAAGACUGGAAGGAGGACAAGAAGGCGAACUACAUCAAGCACGCGCUCAGGGAGUACAACAUCCACAAGGCGCUCGAUCAUCCGCGGGUGGUGAAGCUGUACGACGUGUUCGAAAUCGAUGCCAACUCAUUCUGCACCGUGCUGGAGUACUGCGACGGGCACGAUCUGGACUUUUACCUGAAGCAGCACAAAACCAUCCCGGAGAAAGAGGCCCGAUCGAUCAUCAUGCAGGUCGUGUCGGCCCUCAAGUAUCUGAACGAGAUCAAACCGCCCAUCAUACACUACGACCUGAAGCCGGGCAACAUCCUGCUGACCGAGGGUAACGUGUGCGGUGAGAUCAAGAUUACCGACUUCGGUCUGUCGAAGGUGAUGGACGAAGAGAACUAUAACCCCGACCAUGGUAUGGACCUUACGUCACAAGGUGCUGGAACUUAUUGGUAUCUGCCACCGGAGUGCUUCGUUGUCGGUAAGAAUCCACCGAAAAUAUCCUCCAAAGUGGACGUGUGGAGUGUCGGCGUCAUCUUCUACCAGUGUCUGUACGGUAAGAAACCGUUCGGCCACAACCAGUCCCAGGCGACGAUCCUGGAGGAGAACACGAUCCUCAAAGCGACCGAGGUGCAGUUCGCCAACAAACCGACCGUGUCGAACGAGGCGAAGAGCUUCAUACGGGGGUGUCUCGCGUACCGGAAAGAAGACCGGAUGGAUGUGUUCGCGCUGGCAAAGCACGAGUACCUGCAACCACCGGUGUCGAAGCACAACCGUUCGUCGAACGCCCAGAACCAGCAUGUCGGUGGGCAGAACAGUAGCACCGGCACCAGCGGUGCCGGUGGAGGCGGUGGUGGAGGCGGUGGCGGUGGUGGCGGUUCCGGUGGUUCCGGCGGUGCCGGUGGCAACCAGAUCGGCCAGCAAACGUCCUUCUCCACUGGCAUGUUCGGUAACAUGAACCAGUCCAGCUCGUCGUAG